GAGAGAGAGAGAGAGAGAGAGAGAGAGAGAGAUGUGGAGAGUGAAGCUGUCGGAAGGAGAAGAAGAGGAAGAGAGUGUGAAUGGGAAUUUGGGAAGACAGUUUUGGGAGUUUGACGAACGAUUUGGAAGCCCCCAAGACAUCAAACACAUCUCCGAAUUGCGUCGAAACUUCACUAUCGGCCGGUUUCGUUCCAAACACAGUUCCGAUCUUCUCUUUCGUUUUCAGAUGUUGAGGGAGAAAGGGAAACCAAUGGAGAAGCUCCCACAAGUGAGGGUGAAGGAAGAAGGGGCAGGGAAUGAAGAAGUGGUGAGUGUUGCACUGAGAGGGGCUUUGAGGUAUUACUCAGCUCUUCAAUCAGAUGAUGGGUUUUGGCCUGGUGACUAUGGUGGCCCUCUCUUCCUCUUGCCUCCUUUGAUUAUCGGACUAUAUGUGACAGGAGCUUUGGACAAAACUCUAACGCAGCAGCAUCAGAUGGAAAUGCGACGUUAUCUGUAUAACCAUCAGAACGAGGAUGGAGGAUGGGGCCUACACAUAGAAGGAAACAGUACAAUGUUCUGUACGGUGCUUUCGUACGUUGCCUUGAGAUUGAUGGGGGAAGAAAUGGACGGUGGAGAUGGAGCCAUGGAAAUGUCCAGGCGUUGGAUCCACGGCCACGGUGGCGCCACCUACGUCCCGUCGUGGGGAAAGUUAUGGCUGUCGGUUCUUGGAGUGUAUGAAUGGAGUGGGAACAAUCCUUUACCGCCAGAGUUAUGGCUCCUCCCGGAUCUUCUUCCUUUUCAUCCAGGUCGAAUGUGGUGCCAUUGCAGGAUGGUAUAUCUUCCGAUGUCGUAUUUAUACGGCAAAAGAUACGUGUGCCGCGUAAACGGCGUCGUUCUUUCACUCAGGCGAGAGCUCUACACCGUCCCAUACCACCAUAUCGAUUGGGAUAUCGCAAGAAACCUAUGUGCCAAAGAGGAUUUGUAUUAUCCGCAUCCGAUGAUCCAGGACAUGUUAUGGUGGUCUCUGAAGAACAUAACCGAACCCCUUCUCGGGAGAUGGCCCUUGUCCAAGCUCCGGAACAGGGCUCUUCAGACAGUGAUGGAUCAUAUCCGCUACGAAGAUCGCAACACUCGUUAUAUCUGCCUCGGCCCCGUGAGCAAGGUUCUGAAUAUGGUUUGUUGCUGGGUCGAGGACCCGAGUUCCGAAGAGUUUAAACGUCAUCUCUCUCGGGUUAAAGACUAUCUAUGGAUCGCUGAAGAUGGCAUGAAAAUGCAGGGAUACAACGGAUCUCAGCUUUGGGACGUGGCCUUUGCGGUCCAAGCAAUAUUGGCGACGAAUCUGGUGGAUGAAUACGGAUCAACGCUUAGGAAAUCAAAUGAGUACAUCAAGAACACUCAAAUUAGGGAAAACACAUAUGGAAAUCCCGCGGCGUGGUACCGUCACCCGUGCAAAGGAGGAUGGGGAUUCUCCACCGCCGAUAAUCCUUGGCCCGUCUCGGACUGCACUGCUGAAGCCUUGAAGUCAGCUUUGUUACUCUGGAAAAUGCCAAGACAACUCGUCGGGGAAGCAAUGGCCGAAGAACAUUUCUUCGAUGCCGUUAACUUCAUCUUGUCAUUACAGCUUUGUUCCUUGUACCUAUUUCAGAACAGCAAUGGAGGAUUUGCCUCAUACGAGCUUACUAGAUCAUAUCCUUGGUUAGAGGUUAUUAAUCCAUCAGAAACUUUCGGCGAUAUCAUCAUAGAUUACCAGUAUGUAGAAUGCACGUCCGCUGCAAUCCAAGGCCUCGAGUUAUUCACGAAACUUUUUCCGGGGUAUCGGAAAAUGGAGAUAGAAAAAUGCAUCAGAAAGGCGGUGGAGUUCAUCGAGAAAACGCAACUUCCUGACGGGUCAUGGUACGGCUCGUGGGGAGUUUGCUUCACAUACGCGACAUGGUUCGGGAUAAAAGCUCUAUUAGCUGCUGGCAAAGUAUACGAAACCAGCAAUUGUAUAAGAAAGGCGUGCCGUUUCUUGCUCUCGAGGCAGCUUAGUUCCGGUGGAUGGGGGGAGAGCUACCUCUCAUGCCAAAACAAGGAGUAUACGAAUCUUCCCGGGAACAGACCGCAUCUCGUGAACACAUCGUGGGCGAUGCUGGCGCUUAUCGAGGCAGGACAGGCAAGUAGAGACUGGACGCCUUUGCACCGCGGGGCGAAACUGCUGAUAAAUUCGCAGAUGGAAGACGGAGAUUUCCCGCAACAGGAAAUCAUGGGAGUGUUCAACAGGAAUUGCAUGAUUAGUUACUCAGCCUACAGAAACAUUUUCCCGAUCUGGGCACUCGGGGAAUAUCGCAAUCUCUUACAACGUUCCAGUUCCAGAACCCUAUGAAAGCUUAUAACCGACGAGUAAAGUUUUGAAGUCGUUUCUUGCGUGACAAGAAACGACCCAUACGUUUUCUCCCGGCGAAUAGAAAUCGAGCACCUUGUCUUCACAGAUUCAGGGCAUGUGUCUUGUUUUUUUUUUAAUUAUCUAUUGCCAAAAAUAAAGAUGUUUUUUUUUUA